GAUCUGUGAAGCGAAGCAGAUCUGCUGAAGUGGAUGAAAAGCGAGUCGUGCUCGAGUCUCAUCUUGCUGCGUUGAGUGGAUGACAUGUUUUCCACAAAGUCCCUGCACAACCUCGUGCGAGGCCUGCGAGCAGCCAAGUAAGAUGGUCGCACGAAGGAGCAAUCACGUGGCUGGCUUGUGUGGAUGUGUGUGUGUGUGUGGAUGUGUGUGUGUGUGUGUGUGUGGAUAUGGCUGCCACCCACCCAGGGGUGAUGAGUCGCAGUACAUAUCUCAGUGUGUGGAGGAGUGCAAGCGCGAGGCGCGGUCCAAGAACCUGCAGGUCAAGUCGACGGCGGUACUCAAGCUGGCCUACCUCCAGAUGCUCAACUACGACAUGAGCUGGGCGUGCUUUGCCGUCGUCGAGGUCAUGAGCCACUCCAAAUACACCGUCAAGCGACCCGCAUACCUGGCAUGCUCCAUCGUCUUUGAUGACGACACCGACGUUUCGCUGCUGACCACCAACCUGUUCAAGAAGGACCUCACCAGCAAAGAGCAAUUCGAGACCGGCUUGGCCCUCAACUGCAUCGCAUGCAUGGCCUCACCUGAAAUCGCCAGAGGUCAGCCACAGACAGACACCACGUGAAGCAAGCAAUCACGCAAGCUUUGACUGACUGUGCGUGUGAGUGGUGUUGUACGCAUGUGUGUGUGCAUGUAACUGUCUAGAUUUGUCUCCUGACCUGGUGGGUCUACUGACGUCGUCCCGUCCGUAUGUGCGUAAGAAGGCGGUGCUGUGCAUGUACAAGGUGUUCUACAAGUACCCGCCGGCGCUGCGGUCGUCCUUCGGUCGGCUCCGUGAGAGGCUGGGCGACGACGACCAGGGUGUGCUGACUAGUGUCAUUAACACACUACUGGAGCUGGCCAGGAAGAACGCCAAGAACUACCUCAGUCUGGUGCCGCAGCUCUAUCACAUCCUCACCAACACGACCAACAACUGGCUCAUCAUCAAGAUGCUCAAGCUCUUCCAGCUCCUCUGCCCACUCGAGCCCCGCCUGCCGCCCAAACUGCUCGAGCCACUCACCCUCAUCCUCACACAAACCAAGGCCAAGUCAGUCGAGUACGAGGCCAUCCGACUCAUCCUCCGCGUCAUGCCCAGCGACAUACAACUCGUCAAGACCGCCAUUGACAGACUAAGAAACUUCGUCGACUCCGUUGACAAGGUCGGCCGACUUGAUUAGGGGACCAAGGAGCCCACACACACAGACAGACUUAUACCUUUACAGGUAUGUGUCUUCCCCUGUGUGUUUCUGUGACAUCCAGAAUCUUCGGUACCUCGGUUUCACCCUGCUGUCCGAGGUCCUCGCGCACGCGUCGCCAUCAGUCAGGCCCGCGAUUGGGGCCGAUGCUGUCAACGGCACUGCAGGCGAAGAGCAGCCACUACAGGCGGCCGGCAGCAGCGAUGACAGCACGAGCACGAGGCGGCACAGGAAACAAGUCGAGGCUCUCUUCCCUGACCUCCACCAAAAGGUGAAGGAAUGAGCCGACGGACGACAGGUAAGUACAGCAUCUGGCUCUCUUGUGUAUGCGUUAGGUGUUGGAGUUUGUGGAGGACAGCGAUGCGUCGCUGCGGUCUGUGGCGCUAUGGCUGCUCAACGAAAUCGCCACCCCACAGACCUUCCCUGACAUCGUGCGCCGCCUGCUGCGGUUCACCAGACAGAACCCCGCUUCACAAGACUUCCUUCGGAGCAUACUCGCAAUGGGCAAAAAGUAGCCAUACCAAGCCCACCACACGUCCCACCACACGCCUAAGAGUGGGCCCUCUAUGUGCAGGUCCAACUACGAGUUGGUGGGGGAUUACGCGUGGUAUCUGGUGGUCUUGGCCGACAUUGCCAAGAACCGCACCACAUCACCAGCCUCUCACCACCAUUUCGCUGCGUCGUCGGCCGUCAAGUCCCCUGCAGAAGAGGUGGCGCACCAACUCAUCGACGUCGCUGUGCGCGUACCUAGCGUCAGGUAUGGCCAGGCGCACACAGAACAGCUGACUGGACAAACAGAUACCUCACUCAACACGUGGUCCGUGUGGUUUCUCCUUUGUACGUGGUUGUGUGUAGGAAGUAUGCAGUCCAGUUGGGUUGUUUGAUGAUAGAUGCGAGCGAUCUCAGUGGCGACGCGGUGCAUGGCAUGCUCCAGGCAGCACAAGACCACCCACUGCAUGACGCCGACGAUGGACGUGAGGGCCAGGGGCCAACGCAGCCGCAACACCUGGACGGCAUCGUGGCCGACUCACAGCCACCAAUCCCAGAGGGCGCCCCACCUUCAGACGAUUUGAUCGACCUACCCCCAGUUUCCGAAGCAUUUGUGUCGUACGGCAACAUCGCCAUUAGCGCGCGGUCGGGCAGCAGCACCCUGCUGGCGCCACCGUCCGCACCAGCCCCAUCAGCAUCAUCCUUGAGUGUGGAUCAUGGCAGGGACCCACCACUGCCAAGAAAGCGACGGGAUAACGAGCACCCGCGAGUGAAGCCUCCGAAUACGGGGGGCUUGGCGUUGGUCGAGGGCAAGAGCCUUGGCAUAGCGCCCAGUGUCGUGGGAGCCUCGGCAUGGAUGCUCGGUAGGCACCCACGCAGACAGGCAGGCCGUGCAAGGGCUCGCCCUGUAUUCGGUUGCUUGCUGCUCUGAUUCAGGUGAGUUUCACCGCCAUCUCGACCCCAAUGGUUCCACCCGCUCAUUCAACGAGGCAUUCACGUCAUUGCUCGAUGUACAGGCACACCUCACACCCAGUCAGUCAACCCAGAGGCGCAUCCCAUCAGCUGCCAAUCUGUCUGUCUGUCUGUCUGUCUGCAUCUCGGCGCAUGUGGUCGCAGAUAGCGUCAUGUCCCACCCAGCUACCGCCCCAGGUGCAGCAGCUGUGUCUCUGGUCGGCCCUUAAGGUGCUCACGGGAGCCACCAGGGGAGACACACAAACCGAGAUUAACGAAUACAUCAAACUCAGGGUCAGCACCCACGUCAACAGAAUGCCCCCCACCGAAUGUCGUUACUGGUGCCUCAGGCUUUGAUCGAGCGUCAUCUGCCAUCAUUUAUAUCCAGCCCUCACGUGGAGGUAUCCACAUUAAAUAAGGGAGAGAUAGAGAAGGGCUAUCACACACGUAGAAUUGUCAGCGAUAGUGGGUGUAAAGCUUACCUGCAUAUCGCUGGGCCCAGGUCAGCGAGAGGUCUGCCUUCGCGUAUUUUCUUGUGGACUACUUCAGCGGUGACGCCGAGGGCCUCCGCACAACGGCCUGCCUUCAGCAUGACGACCUCUACCCAGUGGACACGCGCGACCAACCCAAGGUGUGGGAGGAGGGACGCUGAAUUCUGUUGAGUGUCAUCAUCACAGCCCCUUGCUAUUGGUGGGUGCAGGUCAGCGCAUCGGAGGGGCUGGACCUGCGGACCCCAUUCUUCACCACCGCGGCCGCCUCGUAGUGAAGACACCGCGUUUCAUACAUCAAAAUACAGCGGCAUGCGCCCUGUAUCUUUCAGUAAUCGUGGCUGCUAGCGGACUCCAUCAUGUACUUGCGUUGGAUUAUAGAGUAGACGUGCCGGGCUUAUCGACUUCGAACAUUCCACGAAAAGCCCGGCUGCAAACUUAUGGAAUGACUCACCGACGUGACCCUUUCCUCCGUGUCGCCCAUAUCACAAUUGCUCUCUUGUGUCUUUGCCUGAGUGAAGAACAGAAGGAAAGAGCGGGGUUUGCGGUGGGCGGUGGAGGCGCGAGGCCCUAUUGGAGCGCUUGCAGGCAAGGAUCAAAACCAUGAAAAUCGACUUUCGUUGCUUUCGUCAAAGCUUGAAGCAACAUUCACGAUGACCUGUUGGACCUUGCGAAUAGCAUUUUUCUUAACGAAGACAGCCAUG